AUGGCGACAGCGCGUGAACGCAUCGCACUCAAGCGACAGCUCAAAGCUCAAGCUACACAAGGCGAUGCACCAUCCACCAGUACCUCUAGCGACGAUCCAAGCGCCUCGACGUCAUCCGGACCCUCAGCUCGACCAGCAGCUCCGAACAAGGACAUUCACUGUACCUCACAACAAUCACGUUUCCACACCGAGACCAUCUCGAGUCGUUCGCUCGAGAUCGAUAUCAAGGAUGUUACUGUUUCGGUCGGCCCAAACGACUUGAUCGUUAGUAGUCAUCUGAGGCUCAAAGAGGGGAAACGGUAUGGUCUUGUCGGCCGGUGAGUCAAACACAAAAGAAUCGCGCAAGAUGCUUGAGAAAACUCAUCUUCUACUCUUAUAAUUCAGCAACGGCUCAGGCAAAUCAUCCCUCUUCGAAGCCCUGGACCAAAAACUGAUACCGGGACUACCGAGCGAACUGAGAAUCCUUCUCCUCAGUCAAGUGCAAGAUUCGAAUCGCGCAACGGAAGAAGCGACCCGGGACAAGAUCAGCGUUUUGGAGCAUGUCGUCAGAGGGGACAAGGAGCGCACGAAGGCUUUGCAUGAACUUGAAGGUGCGGCCGUACAGAGUCAAGAUUGCGACUCAUCAGAAAAACCAAGUUUACGGCAGGAUUUGCUGAUGAGUCGCGAAUGAAUCCCACAGCUUUGACGAAGGCAGUCGAAUCACCUUCGGUCAGCGAGAUGGUGCGUAUCGUGUACGAAAUCGAACUUUCAACGAGACGGAUAGAACUAGUUGAAGCGAGAAGUAUUGCUCUGAGAAGAUCUGGCACGCGGGGGAAAGAAGCUCGAGAGCAAGAGAUCCUUGCUGAGCAGCGGGUCAAAGAGGCACAGGAGAGGUACGUAGCAUCAUACUCUGGGCCGGUUAAAUUUCGAUGCUCAUGAUUAAGGAAUUUACUCCAGAGUGGAGCAAGUCGGAUCGGUUGAGACGGACCCCGAGAUCCUGGCCAAAGCGACCGAGAUGCUUUUGGAUGCGCAGAACAAGGUGAACCUAGUCAGUCCAGGCAUGUUUGCUUAGUUCUGUCGUAACUUGACCUGAUUCCCCUUCCUGGUGUCGCCAGCUCGAAGCAUCAACAACUACCGCUAGGGCGGGUUCCAUCUUGACGGGUCUCGGCUUCUCACUCGAAAUGCAACAAGGCCCCUAUUCGGCUCUUUCGGGUGGUUGGAGAUCACGAUGCGCACUCGCGACGUCGCUGCUCGUCAAUUGUGAUGUCUUGCUACUCGAUGAAGUGUCCAACUUUCUGGAUCUCGAGGCCGUGAUUUGGUCAGUGCUGCGAAGGUCUCGGGGCUCGUUGCCGGGGCUGCGAGAGGCUGAUGAUCGAUUUGCAUCCUCAUAGGCUCGAGAGAUACCUGAUCAACGAGCCGAGGACGAUGGUGCUCAUCUCGCACGACCAAGAAUUCUUGAACGUGAGCCCGAAACUUCUACUCGCUGACCCCGUCCUUUAUCGACGUAGUCACACGGCUAACACCUUCUACUACCCCCUUUUGCUCAGUCCGUCGUGGAGGAGACCAUCGUUCUACGCAACCAAAAUCUCAAGUACUUUGAUGGUACCCCCGCUGCAUUCGAACUCAACGAACGGAAGGAACGCAAGAAGUUGAUCGGCCAGAAGGAGGCAUUGGAUCGGAAAAAGGAGCAUGUAAGUAGCAUUCUAGACACCAAACUCCGAGCGCAACAUGAAGCUGACUCGGGGAUGUCGAUCUUUCAGAUUGAGAAAUCGAUCCAGCAAGGGAUUGCGAGCGCCAAGAAGACAGGAGAUGAGAAUCGACAGAGGAUGGUCAAGUCUCGGCAGAAGAAAUUGGACGAACGGUUCGGAUUGGAACAGAGUGCGAAGGGGACGCGGUUCAAGCUCAACCGAGAUCGGGUUGGUAUGUCAAACGUAGGAGGCUACGACGAGUACUUUGGAUGGUCGCUCACAAUCACUUGUUACGCGGAAAAUAGGAUAUCAUCUCACGAACCGUGACGACAUCCUAUUCGAGGAUCAAGAGUCGAAAAUCAGACUUCGCCUUCCGGACCCAGAGAAGCUUCGGACUCUCGGUGCGCUGAUCCACUUUGACGGCGUCGAGUUCCGACAUCCCCGACAAAAGGUCCCCCUUCUCGAAGACGUAACCUUUACCGUCGACCAAGGUGGACGGUGCGCUUUCGUCGGUGCGAAUGGACAGGGUAAAUCGACCCUGGCUAAAUUGAUCAUGGGAGAAUUGAAGCCGACCAAAGGCAAAAUCGAACGACAUACCUCCUUGAAGAUCGGGUAUUUCUCCCAACACUCGGUCGAGGAGCUGACGCUCGCUCAAAAGACUCAAGGACUCUCCCUCUCGACGGGAGGACCGAUGACGGCGCUCUCGUACUUCCUCGAUCACUUCAAAGCCAAGGGGGAAACUGUACUCGAACAAGAAGUACGCGCCUGUCUAGGUUCGUUUGGAUUACAAGGCAAGACGGCGAGCGAUACACCUUUGGGUCAACUUUCAGGAGGUCAACUGGUUCGACUGGCGAUCGCGUUGAUUAUUUAUCAUCCUCCUCCACUAUUGCUUCUUGAUGAGGUGACGACUCAUGUCGAUUUGGCGACGAUCAAAGCCCUUGCAGUGGCGUUGAAACAUUAUCAAGGAGGGGUGAUCGUCAUCACUCAUGAUCGAUGGUUCUCACGCGUGGUGAUCGAGGGACAGACGCUCAAACAAGCUUCAGGUGUCACUCAGGAUGAUGGAGUGGACGAAGAGGAUGAUGACGAUGAUGAGGAUAGCAGCGACGAAGAGGGUGUGAUUACGGGAAACACCUAUCGCGUGGGUGGCGGUAAGAUCAAGUUGAUGGAGGGGGGGAUGAACAAGUAUGUUUCGCUUGUGGAAAGGAAAUUGGCCCGGAAGCAGAGGGAGGCCGAGGCGGCGAAGUAGUACCCGAUUUACGCCACCAGCUACUCCAAGUCCUCGAUGUUGUAACUCCUUCCUUCAUGCAUCAAUCAAAAUCGCAUCACCAUUCUUAUUGAGGGCCCGAGCACAGAUCUAAUCUCGAGCAAGAAGAAACAAAGGGAAGCCGAACGACGUCCGAGAGGAAGGCCCCUGCGUUGUGACAGGGGGGAGGCGGAAGCGCGCGCGCCUUGUCCCGAGCUCAUCGGAGUCCCCCACGAUAAAUGAGGGCUUGACAAAGGCCUUCACUUCGUUCUCAUCACAGCCUCCUACCGUUCCGCUCUCUCUUCCUCUUCUCGCUCCUCAUCACCCUAAACCAACCAUGUUCCGAGCCACUUUCCUCCGUCGCGCGUCGCACACGAAGUGUCCCGUUCACACGGACUGCCGUCCGAAUCUCCACAACGUCGCCCCUCCCAUUCCUUACCUCGUCACCGAACCCUCCCCCCCAACCACCAAAGCCAACCUCAAAGGCCAUCCCCUUCCCCCGCCCCGGACUUCCAUCUCCUACGCGCUUCCGCGCGGCGACGAAGACGUUUUCGUACGUUACCUACGCAACGGUAAUUGGCCUCAUAAACCCAACUUUGGCGCCUUGCACCUCAAGUUCCCGAGAGUGAGGAGUUUGGUGACGCGGGUGGUGGAGUAUAAUCAGUUCGAUGUCGUCCAGGAGAAGGUGGAUGAGGAGACGGGCGAAACGAUCAAGUUCACUUGGGUGCGUUUCCAAUUCGCGUGA